CACAUUUAAAUUUUCUGUAUUUUAGUCACAUUGUUCACCUGUCUGUAAUCUCAUUAUAUUCCCUCCAAUUCAUUUGGACCAUUCAAAGUUUCUGGUAUUAUUUCUUCCUCCAUUACCACUUCCUGCAAAUUAACCACCCACAAUGCAAUUCAAAGCCAUUACUUCUCCUUCUUACCUUCAAAUCAAACCUCCUAUUGUUAAACACAUUUCUUUAACUUUCAAUUUCAAACCCUUUUGCUACUCUCAAUUUUGGAACCCUAAAAUCUUCCAUAAACCCCAUAGAAAUUUCCUUAAAUUUGGUUGUAUAAGUCCAAGUCAAGAACUUUUGGGUGAUUUUGUUAAUACCCAUGAAUCAGAAUCUGAAAUUAGUGAAAUUGGGAUUCAUUCAGACAAUUUGGAGGUUCGAAGUGUGGGACCCACAAAUGAGGGUGAUAACUUAGCUGACCAAAAUGUGUGGGAUCAAAUGAUUGAAAUUGUCAGGUUUUCCGGGCCAGCUGCCGGGCUGUGGAUUUGUGGACCUUUAAUGAGUCUUAUUGAUACUGCUGUUAUUGGUCAGAGUAGCUCAAUUGAGCUUGCUGCUUUAGGUCCAGGAACUGUGCUUUGUGAUUAUAUUGGAUUUGUAUUUAUGUUUCUUUCAAUUGCUACCUCCAAUAUGGUUGCUACUUCACUAGCCAAACAGGAUGAGAAUCAAGUGCAACAUCAGAUCUCCAUGCUACUAUUCAUGGGUCUGGCUUGCGGAGUGUCACUGCUUUUGUUGACGAAAUUCCUCGGUGAAUGGGCUUUAACUGUUUUUGUGGGAGUGAACAAUGUUCAUCUUGUGCCUGCUGCAAAUACAUAUGUACAGAUUCGUGCUUUGGCAUGGCCUGCUAUUCUUGUCGGAUCUAUUGUUCAAAGUGCCAGUUUAGGCAUGAAAGAUUCCCUAGGACCAUUGAAGGCUUUGCUGAUUGCAAGUGUUCUUAAUGGUGUCGGUGAUGUGGUGCUCUGUACUUUCUUGGGCUACGGGAUUGCUGGUGCAGCAUGGGCUACUGCAGCAUCACAAAUAGUAGCAGCUUACGCAAUGGUUAAUACAUUGAAUGCGAAAGGAUACAAUGGCUAUUCGUUUUCAAUUCCAUCGUAUUCCGAACUUCGAGAAAUAUUCGAGAUUGCUGCCCCAGUCUUUAUAACAAUGAUCUCAAAGGUCGCCUUCUAUGGCUUAAUUAUUUAUUUUGCAACGUCUAUGGGUACACACACAGUGGCUGCUCAUCAGGUCUUAAUUAAUAUAUAUAGCAUAUGUUCAGUAUGGGGUGAGCCCCUUUCUCAAACGGCACAAUCAUUUAUGCCGGAGCUACUAUAUGGAGCCAGCCGAAGUUUAGUCAAGGCAAGAUUGCUUUUGAAGUCUCUUCUGAUAAUAGGAAUGUGUAUUGGGCUUCUUCUAGGAACUGCUGCAACAGCCGUCCCAUUGUUUGCUCCCAACUUCUUCACUUCUGAUCCAGCAGUGAUCGGUGAGAUGCACAAGGUUUCGGUUUUUUUCUUCCUUGCUGUAAGUGUGACUCCAUGUAUACUCCCCUGCGAAGGCACAUUACUGGCUGGCAGGGAUCUCAAAUUCAUAAGCACGUCAAUGAGCGGGUGCUUCACUUUUGGCGCACUUAUAUUGCUGUUUGUGAAAAAUCAAGGAUUGGGUUUAGCGGGUUGCUGGAGUGCGCUCGUUUUAUUUCAAUGGGCGCGCUUCUUGAUCUCUUUAAGACGCAUCCUUUCUCCGAGUGGUGUAUUAUACUCCGAGGAUCUUGAAAGUUUUCGGUUAGCUGAGCUGAAAGCAGCUUAGUUUUACAUAGAUUCGACGCUGAUUUUUUUCAUUUAAUUGAUAUGUUUUUUAUUUUCGGGCUGCAACCGCGACACUCCUCGGAAGUCAAUUUUGAUAUGCUACAAUGAGCCUAAAUGAGGCUCAGACCAUUGCAAAACCUUGGUAAUUAAAGUUGUGUAAAAUACACUAGAAAGUCUAGAAGACUAGAAAUAUACUAGUAAAGUUAUAAGGGUUUGAUUUUAUCUUUUUUGCAAUUUAUCAUUUUAAGUUAAAAGGAGAAAUGUAACUAAAUUAAGUUUGAUAUUAGAGAUAUUGUCUCUUGAUGAGACGACCUUAAAACAAAGAGUUUAUAUCCUCAUAAUGUGUAUGAGAUGGGCUAUUAACCCAUUUAUGAAGCGCGUUUUCUAAUGAAAUGUUACUGUACAACAUUGUACAUUUGUUGCUCUAGUUAUUUACUUCUUUG